CCUGUGACGGCUAGUAUGGUCAAAAAUGCAUAAAGGGAUCUGCGCCGGCUUCUUGACGCGUCUGGUAAUUACUCGAUUUGGACCGAUUCUUCAUGAGGCACCUGCAAAAUAAAAUGUCUAAAAAGUCUUCUAUAUCUAGAGUGACGUGCAAUAGCGCCUGUUAGCAAAUCAACUGCGAUCGGGUUGUCUCUUUCCUCUGUACGACCACCAUCACCAUGACCUUCGCUAUCCUGCACGAGCUGCACGCAAUCAUCGGCGGUGCGCUCGACGACAUCGAGCGCGUUUACAAGGAAGCCAGUGCCCAUGGAGAAGGCCUAUCGACACCGGGAAAAUCCCCAGCACCGGACUUCAUAUCGCCAUCGACGACGACGACAAAAGAAAAGAGUUCAUCUUUCGCCCUUGAUCAUGGUUACGCGUCGCCGCCGCCUUCGCCAUCCAUUGCAACAGCUACAGGGCGCCCGUUUCCUCAUCACCGUCCUCACACGCCUUCGCCGCCCACCCUCGAUUUUCCUGCCUUGGAUCUACCUUGCGACCCAACCUCACCUUCUGAAGUCCUGACGUCUCAUCCUACGGUUAUGCAAGCCAUCAACAGAAUCAUUGCUGCUGCUGGGCAAAUGACUGCGACAGUCCAGACACCCUUUUUGUCGCUGUGCGACGCUUCGAUGGUAUAUCAUUUACCGGCAUGUUUGAGGCUAUUGGAAGCGUCAAAUACGGUAGAGAUCCUCAGAGAAGCUGGUCCUAAUGGCUUACACGUUACGAUGAUAGCCGAGAAGAAUGGCAUCGAGAAGAGGAAACUAGCUCACAUUUUGCGCCUCCUCGCAACACAUCAUAUCCUCCGCGAAGUUGCUCCUGAUGUAUUUGCCAACAACCGGAUUUCGUCUUUGGUGGAUACAGGCAAAUCAACCCAAGAAGUAACGUCUAGUCCUGAAGCAAAAUUUCGUGACACAAAUGGGAUUGCGGCGUUUGUUGGGUUAAGCACUGACGAACUAUUCAAGUCUUCUGCGUACAUCACUGAAGCUUAUCUUUAUUCUUCCGAUGCCCACAAAAACACCAAUGAACCAACCCACGCACCUUUCAAUUUUGCUUUUGGAUGUGAGGGUGUAGGAUUUUUUGGAUGGCUCGAGGGCGAAGGAAUCAAAGGCGGUCGCGUUAACGGGCCUGAGCGUGUAUCGGGGAUGUUGCCGGGAUCCGAGGACGCGGCAAUUGUCGAGAACCGCCGGGGUCUUAAACCGUCAAACGUAAAUUCGCUAUUGAAUUCGAACCGGUACCGACUAGAAAGGUUUGGGGCGGCAAUGACCGGGACUGAUUCGUGGGAGGUCCCUGGAGCGGUAUUAAAUGGGUUUGAUUGGCAUGCUCUUCCCCGAGGGAGCAUCGUGGUAGACGUCGGCGGUGGUAUUGGUUCCACUAGCAUGUUCCUCGCGCAUGCAUUCUCGAAUCCCGCCGAUGAGGAUAGUAUUGGGCUAAAGUUUAUCAUUCAGGAUCGACCAAUUGUCGUUGAGAUGGGAGAGCGGCAAUGGAGAAGCAAAUGCCCUGAACUCCUGGAUCCGGAUAUUGCCCAAUUUCAAGUUCACGACUUCUUCACACCUCAACCCGUCAAAAAUGCUGCUGUGUACUUUCUACGGGUUAUCCUGCAUGACUGGCCCGACUCGUUUGCUCAGCGCAUUUUACUGCGUCUCCGGGAAGCUGCAGCUGAUGAUACAAAGCUUGUGAUCGCGGAUUUUGUUCUUCCGUUGGCUUGUGAAGAUGAUUUCAGCUCCAAGGGGGAUAGUGGCGUCAUCGGUGCAGAGACCACAUUAGCUCCUGCCCCUCUGUUACCCAACUUGGGCAAAGCUAGCGCACAUGCUUACUGGAUGGAUCUAACGAUGCAAUCUGUGUUCAAUGGACAAGAGCGCACUCUUCGCGAAAUCGUAUCACUUGCAGCUUCGGCCGGGUGGAAGGUGACAAAACUGACCAAGGCUCCUGGAUCUCUUUUCGGACACAUCAUCGCCGUCCCAACGUCCAUUCUUCAGCAGAGAGCUCGAUCAGGUAGUGGAUCUGCCUUCCUUGAUGCAAGAAAACCGGACCUCGGGUGCGGAUCCUCUAUGCAGGGCAUUACAGAUGUCGGAGCCGGGGAAAGAGAGGUCAUGGAACGAGCCAGCUCCAGAUGUGGAACCCCAACUUUCGGUUCACGCACAGAAUUGCCGUCGUUUGAGGAAGCCAGGGCGCGAUUCGGUGGUGGGUUCAUACGAGGCUUGGGCCGGCGCGUUGGGUUCGGUGGGUCAAGUAAAGCCACCCAACUCAAGCAAGCGCCGAAUUUGACAGGGCCAGCCACAUUGAAGAAGAAAAAACCUUCGCCAUUAUCUAUAGUACCGUCGUCCCCCUCUCCCGUCUCAAAGUCGCCGCGUCAUGCUCAGUCAAUAUCUCCGAUGACAGGACGGUCCGUUCAUUCUCAACCGCACCCAUCGGCUCCGGCCUCAGGCACUCGACUUCCACCACCCCCUUCACCAAUGUCUCCCCGUCAUCCUCGUUUAUCGUUGAGCCGUCGGUCCUCCUUUGCAAACCUCUCGCAAACAGGACAAGUCGCUCCUCCCACCAUGAUUCCCAUACGUAACACAUACGAUUCAAACACUCCUUCAGCACGAUCUUCUCCGAUACCUCCGUCUGUUACGCGUCGAACGCCAUCUUCACCUGUCGUCCCUCGGUCUCUUUCGCAUCAUGCGUCGCAUGCUCAGCUUUCUCCCUCUCCGCCAUCACGUCAAUCCCAUCCGUCGCCCGUAGCCACGCGCAAGCCUCUGGCCCGAAGGGCCUCUCUUGCGCAGCUAUUCACACCUUCGUCAACUUCAACGUCUCCGGUACCUCCUUUACCUACAAGGCCCAGUCUUCCGUCACCUAACGUGCCGCGCUCGACGCUCAGGCGGACCUCGAAUGCACACUUGGACAGCGCCCUGCCUAGGAAACGGUCUGAGACGAUUCUAGGGCUACCUUUCGGUGCUCACGGCGGACCGAAUCAUGCGAGAACUCGCAGUCGCAGCUCCAGCAUCUUACGUGGCCUGCAGAUACCUGGUGCGGGAAGGCGUAUCAAGUUCGGAGAAUCUCAAGCUAACGACUCUGCUGGAGCGCCUGGGAGCUCUACGUCUGUGUUGGAAGCGGCCGCCACGAUCGAUUCUCAAGGACCCGAAUAUUCUCCCUAACUUAUUAUUAUUUGGUUGGUUCUGGGAUGUUGUCAUUGUUCGUAUUCGUUCAACAUCUAUGGAUUCUAUGCAUUGCAAUUUCUUUUCCUUUCUUCCUUUUUUCGAUUCUCAUGCAGUAUCCUGGACUUCGUUCUCGUUCGUCGCCGCUUCUGAAUGUGUUGUUAUCUCACACCUUGAAACCUGCUCUGUAGAGCUGGGAAUCUUAUACGAUUAAUUUUUGUCUUCACUUUCGAAGGUCCUCAAGACGGGCAGCCUUCCACUAAUAAACUGAUAUGACGGAUCAUCCUCUGGAAGGUAUCUGUGUUUUGGCGUGAGCUUGCAACAGGUUAUAUCUCCGUUGCAGGUCUCGCCGAUGGGUGGAAUUCGAGGAAGACAAGCCCUGUCGAUGUCAGGAAUAGGAGAAUAGGAACCUGAAACAGAGUCC